AUCACUAUGUUGUGAGAGUUGCAAUAGUCUACGAACUUAUAAAAUGCAUGUUGCUUUUUCGAAGUUCAGACUGACAUUUAUUUAUUUACUAUAAUUUAAUAAAAAUCUAGUAACAUAUAAAAAUGGUUGAUAAUGAUAAAGAAGAAAAUGGUGAAGUUAAAAAACCAAUUGUAAUAAAAAAUGCUACUGACCUUCAAAGGCUGAAAUUAGAAAAACUGAUGAAAAACCCUGAAAAACCAGUAGUAAUACCUGAUCCGCCAAAGCCAAAAUCUUUGCCUUCUGCGCCAGAUUUCGUCCGCAACGUUAUGGGAUCCAGUGCAGGGGCUGGUUCUGGAGAAUUUCAUGUUUAUCGACAUUUAAGAAGAAAAGAGUAUGCUAGGCAAAAAUUUAUACAAGAAAAAAGUGAAAAGGAAAAACUUGAUGAAGAAUAUCACAGAAAGAUUGAGGAAAAUAAAAAAAUUGCUGAAGAGAAAACAGCAAAGAAAAGGGCAAAAAGAUUAAAGAAAAAAAGUAAAGCUAAAGUAAAAGGCAAAAUACGAAAACUAGAUGAUACUAAACAAACAGUAUCUUCCCAGUCAGAUAGCAGUAGUGAAGAGGAAGAAGAAGGUAAAACACAAGAAGACAGUGAAAGCAAUAAACACAAGGCAGCAGAAGAAAAAGAAGAAACAACAGUUGUAUUAGAAUAAAAGAAUCUUUGAGAUAUCACAAAAUAAAUACACUUAAUUUGUUUUAUAAAAGGUAUAUAGUACCUACAUACCUGUUUCUUUAUUACCGACGUUUCGACGUGGAUUGCACCACGUCGUGGUCACGACAGGACUGAAGUGAGCGGUGUCUUCGUCUAGCAGCCCGCGCAGCCUUGGCAUCCUCAUAAUGUCACUUUUAUUAUCUAGAUCCAUCCUACAAACCUCACGGUACCCAUACUGCGUUUAUAAAAAUUAUCGCGUGUUUUUAGUGUAUUAAUCACUGGGUCCUGGUCCCAUGCUGUUAAAAGCCUUUAUCCAUUUUCCCUAUUGAUUUUUUUCUAAUUUCAAUUGUUUUACGUAUUAUCCGAAUAUAACUUCGGGUCAUGCAGCUCAAUCCAGUGAUUAGUAGAGCUAUUUAAUAAAUGUUAUGCGAUCGCCGA